UAAAUCUCUAGCAAAUGGAAUAAACUAAUCUGGAAAAAAGGUAAAGCUGUGCUCUGAUUUUGCGUUCCUCUUUUUCAUCUGUUUCUGUUGAUCUUCCGAAUUUCGUGCUCAAAUGGACACCAUUUGAGCUAUCAGCAGUGAAAAAUAGAAGAAAAAUAAAGUCGAAAAAUAAAAAAUUCGAAAAAUUUGCUCGAUCGUUCAUGGCGGUGGUGGAAAGCGACAGAGGUAGCGCGAUGAGCGACGUUGCGGAUAAUCAUCAUCCUCAUCAUCAUAAUCGCCACCACCAGCAGUCAACAAACGGCCAGAAGUCAACGGCGCCGGCCGAUCAGAGCUUCCACCUGAUUCAGCAGAAGAUGAUGAUGUCCAACGGCCACCGCCAGCUCGGAAAUGGAGCGGCGCGAGAGGAGAAAUUGGAGGAUGGUGAUGACGGAGGGGAGGGGUUUAAGAGGGAGAUGAGAGAUUUAGAGGAAAUGCUGUCAAAAUUGAACCCCAUGGCUGAGGAAUUCGUGCCGCCGUCGCUGACGUCACUCGCCGGCGGCGGCCAGCAGAUGCUUUCGCCGUCUCAAGUGGCGGCGGCUGGGAUGCUUGGGUUUGAUGCUAAUGGUUUUUUGAUGCAGCACUUCCUUAAUUCGGGUGUUUCAACUGAAAAUUCGUUUAGAAGGAAGAAAAAUGGCUAUGCCAAUGGAAAACGGAGGCUCACUAGCAGAACAAGCAUGGCUCAAAGAGAUGACGUGAUUAAGAGGACAGUGUAUGUUUCUGAUAUUGAUCAUCAGGUUACGGAAGAGCAACUUGCAGCACUUUUUAUUGGCUGCGGUCAGGUUGUGGAUUGUCGUGUUUGUGGUGACCCUAAUUCUGUACUUCGAUUUGCCUUUGUUGAGUUCACUGAUGAAGAUGGGGCAAGGAAUGCCUUGAGUUUGGCAGGAACUAUGCUUGGCUUCUACCCUGUGAGAGUACUGCCAUCCAAAACUGCGAUUGCUCCUGUGAAUCCGACAUUCUUGCCUAGGUCUGAGGAUGAAAGGGAGAUGUGUGCAAGGACAAUUUAUUGUACAAAUAUUGACAAGAAGGUCACUCAAGCAGAUGUCAAACUCUUCUUUGAGUCCAUUUGCGGCGAGGUGCGUCGGUUGAGGUUGCUUGGUGACUAUCAUCAUUCCACUCGUAUAUCUUUUGUGGAGUUUGUAAUGCCUGAAAGUGCGAUUGCAGCGUUGAACUGCAGUGGAGCUGUGUUGGGAUCAUUGCCUAUAAGGGUAAGCCCAUCAAAAACUCCUGUCCGGCCCCGGGCACCCCGUCAAUCCAUGCACUGAUCCGACAGAUGUCAUCUAUUAUCCCCUAUGUAUACAUAGUUACAUGGUAGAUCCAGAUACUCUGUGGUAUCUAUGUGUUAAUCCCUUUUUUUCCGUCCACGCAUACGCUGGUCGUCUCACCUGUAUUGGAUAAUUAUGGUCGACCGUUAAGCUAGUAGAGAGUACGGCCAUUUUUGAGGGUGAUUUUGACCUUGAAGGGAAACUCCUUUCACAUUGCAGAAAACCAAUCAUAUCAUGAGCAGCCUUGAAUUGAUCUUGUUGCACUAUGUUUUAGUAAUAUGUUUGCUUCAGUUGAUCCCA